UGCGCCACCGUGGAGAGGGGAGAGCUGGAGUCUGAGUGCGCGCUAGGGUGGGAUGGUGUCCUUCAAAGGUCAAGUUACCAAUAUUGAAUUACAAAACUUCCGGGCAUCAUUUUCAAAAUAAAAUACACGCCAAUACAGAGCUGCUAAAUUUUCAAUGAGACAUGUACACGGGAAUCCGCAGUACAUGGUUCAUGGCUUACUUUUGCUGCGCAGAAACUAAACUAAAUGCAGUUAAAUUGCACAGCAAGAGUAAGCGUUUGUUCAUUGUGAUCAAUGGCAAACCAGUCAAAAAGCGAACUAUGUGUUAAGAAUUAAUAAACACCCUGAAAAGCUAUGACUUUGAAUACUUUAUUUCAGCCUUUGACUAAAAUCUCCAAUUUUGGGCUUCCUUCCUUUUUGUUCCCUCUGGCAGAGCUAAAUAAACUUGGUGAAGAAAAAAACAAACUCUCCAACAUUUUAUUUUGAAAAACACAUGUUCCUUUUCCCGUUUAUUUGGGCAGAAUUUCGACAAUCUUGAUGGAUCUCACAGCUUCAGCGGCAGGCAAACACACCCGUCAGCAGCGCGCAUUGGAGACAAAAAAGCGCAUCACGGACAAAGGAAAUAUGGGUGAGCUGGAGAGGAUUCGCCUUUGCCGGGUAACACAAUGGAUGAGCCGCUUCUGUUUCAUUUACUGGGAGACCAAUUAGCCCACCUUAAUGAGGUGCUGGGAUGCAAGAUACUGCAAGCUAAAAAGGCGGAAGGCUGCGUUUAAUCCGUCUGCGGAUCCUAUGAGCUUGCAAUGGCUGUGCAGGGGAUAUGCAUCUGGAUAGGGAAUAAUGUGCCUUUUUAUUUUGUGAUAUUUUCCUUAUUUUGUGGCCUUUCCUUUGGACAGUUGCGAUAUUCUAUUACAGAAGAACUAGAAAAUGGGGCACUGGUCGGUGAUCUGGCGCAUGACUUGGGGCUGGAUAUUCGAAAGCUCGCCACCCGAAAAAUUAAGGUAACCUCCAACAGUGGUAAACGCUAUGUGAUUGUCAACCCCAAAAAUGGGAAAUUACUUGUCAAUGAAAGGAUCGACAGGGAGGCACUGUGUGAUUUAUCCAGCACCUGCCUCAUUAAUCUGGAGGUUCUAGUCGAAAACCCCACUGAGGUGCACCAUGUCGAGGUGGAGAUUGUGGAUGCCAAUGAUAAUGCGCCGCAGUUCCCCAGAGACGAGUACCAACUGGAAAUCAUAGAAUCUGCUUUACCAGGGUCUCGUUACCCGAUUGAAAACGCCCAAGAUCCAGACAUUGGGUCCAAUUCAGUUCGUAUGUAUCAGCUCAGCACAAACGACCAUUUCGCGCUGGUAUCUAACAAACCCUCCCUCAAUACAAAGCACAUCGAGCUUGUGCUCAAAAAGCCCCUUGAUCGUGAACAGACGCCUUACCACCAAUUAAUUCUAAGUGCUGUGGAUGGUGGAACGCCAGAGAAAACAGGCACAGCUAAAAUCAAUGUCCGGGUCCUGGACUCAAAUGACAAUAUUCCCACAUUCGACAGCUCCGUGUACAAGGUGAAACUGUUGGAAAAUUCUCCCAAAGACACCCUGGUAAUUAAACUGAAUGCAACUGAUCUGGAUGAGGGCACAAAUGGAGAGGUUUAUUACUCUUUCAGCAGCUACACUCCAGAGAGAGUGAGGCAGAUGUUCAGCAUGGACACAAAUACAGGAGAAAUAAGAGUUAGGAGCAAUGUUGACUAUGAAGAGACCAACUCCUAUGAGAUGUACAUCCAGGCUAUGGACAAGGGCCCCGGGGCCGUGACAUCGCACUGUAAGGUAGUGGCAGAGGUAGUGGAUGUGAAUGACAAUGUCCCUCAGAUAGUGCUGUCAUCUCUGUCAAGCCCCGUGAGGGAGGAUGCCCGUGCAGACACUGUUGUGGCCCUCAUUAGCGUUACUGAUCGAGACUCUGGUGCAAACAAGCAGGUGAGCCUGGAGAUCCCAGCAGGCCUUCCUUUCAAGAUCAAGUCAUUCAGAAAUUACUACACUCUGGUUACCUCAGCUUUCCUGGACCGUGAGACCACUGAUGCCUACAAUGUCACUCUGAGUGCCACAGAUGGAGGAAACCCUCCCCUCUCUUCCCAGAAGACCAUACAGGUGGAUGUGGCUGAUGUUAAUGACAACCCACCACGAUUUGAACAGACUUCAUAUACCGUCUAUGUGGCUGAGAACAAUGCCCCCGGGGCUUCUUUGUGUACCGUGAAAGCUCAAGACGCAGAUAUCAAAGAGAACGCACGCAUCACCUACACAGUGCUCAAUGACAACAACCAUGGCAUCCCUGUCACCUCCUAUGUGUCUGUGAAGGCCGAUACAGGGGAGGCUUAUGCCCUGCGAGCCUUUGACUAUGAGUCACUGAGAGAGUUUCACUUCCAGGUCAAAGCCCAAGAUGGGGGCAUUCCUCCACUCAGCCGCGUUGCCACAGUCUACAUCUACAUAAUGGAUCAGAAUGACCAUCCACCAUUGAUAGUAAACCCUCCUGGCAAUGGCACGCGCUCCUUGGAAACGGUACAGAAAAACGCAGAGCCUGGUGCCUUGGUGACAAAAGUGGUGGCAUAUGAUGCAGAUGCUGGUCCCAAUGCUUGGUUGGUGUACGUACUGGAGACAGCCACUGACCUGGACCUGUUCAAGGUGCAUGAACACACUGGUGAGAUCAGGACAACUCGGAGGAUCCUGGAGGACAACUUCACAUCCUUUGCCCUAACCGUCGUAGUGAAGGACCAUGGGCAGCCUGCUCUGUCCUCCACUGCCACCAUCAAUGUGGCUGUUAUGGAGGUGCCACCCAAAGUCGCUCCUGAUCCCAAGAGGAUCAUCCGACCUCACAGCACACUGCUCUUCUCCAACGUGACCCUGUACUUGAUUGUGGCUCUGAGUGCGACCACCUUUGUUUUCCUGGUCACUGUGGUGGUUCUGGCCAUCGUUCGCUGUCAUGCAUACUGCACCCAGCCUGGGUCCUGCUCUCCUUGCUGUGUGUCGCAGAAGCCCCCUCCAGAUGGUGGGAACAGCAGCGUAAGUGCUGGCGGGGGAGGCAGUGGUGGAGCUGGGGGACAGCCUAAUAACAAUGUGGUGCUUCGGAGAGACCUUAAAGUGGAGCCUCACUACAUCGAAGUGCGUGGGAAUGGCUCCCUAACAAAGACUUACUGUUACAAGACCUGCCUGACAGCCACCUCUGGCAGUGACACUUUCAUGUUCUACAACACGGGACGUCCCAUCAGUGGCACCUGGGGCAGCGGUGCUGACCGUUUCUUCACAAGUGGAAGUGGAUUUGUACGCAGACUGAGUAUGCCCGAUGCCUCCCUCCAAAUCUGCCCAGAGCCAAAGGCCCCGAAUGCUGACUGGCGAUAUUCCGCAUCUUUGAGAGCAGGGGUGCAGAGUUCUGUCCACAUGGAGGAAUCCUCUGUGAUGCAGGGAGCACAGGGCAUGCUGGUCCAGAACUGGCCCACGGUGUCCAGCGCAGCAGACGGAGAGGGUGGUGGAGAGCUAUCACCUCCAGUGGGCGCUGGAGUCAACAGCAACAGCUGGCACUUCAGAUACGGCGCCGCACAAGGCUACUGCCCUCCUCAGCCCCUGAAGCCCGGAGAGAUUCCUCCUGAAGCCUUCAUCAUCCCUGGAUCCCCAGCCAUCAUUUCUAUCCGCCAUGACCCCGGCCCUGUGGAUGACAAAGGCGACUUCAUAAGCUUUGGCAAGAAGGAGGAGGCCAAGAAGAAGAAAAAGAAGAAGAAAGACAAGAAGGACAAGAAGGAGAAAGGAAAGGAUGACGGGGGAGAUGAAUAGAGGAGAAGGGGUGACUUGAAAACAGAGCUACCAACAAACUAACAUCACAAUCAGAGAGCCAGAACAACAAAAAAAGAAAGGCAAAUGCAUAUUGUAGAACCAAGGGAGCCUCCUUGCACCAUAUUUGCAUAGACAAUGUACAGUAGCCAAACCCUCAUUAGACCUGGACUGGCUCCUCAGACCACGUGAACUUGCUAAACAAACGUUUCUCUCUCUUCCUUGGCUCAUUUGGCCCAUAACUUUGGCCAAUGAAAGUCUAAGGUUUAUGGUAAACAAAUGUGACUUCAUCUAAAGGCUGGACCAAAUUAAAACAGAAAGGAUUUUAUUGGACCCCGCCCCUCCUCCCAGUUUGUAAAAUAAAGACAAAAAUACUUUGCACCAAAGGGUGUACUAUUUGUAUCUGACCAUUGUCAGCUGAGGCUGCCUGUGUUGGCAUCUCUGUCUUUAUGCAGCCCUUUUCCUUUUUCGCUCACCUGGUUAGAGGUGAAGUAGAAACCAAACUAAAUAAAUGAAACAGAGGCUUUUGUCUUCAGUAUUAUGGAGGCCUUGUAUAAAUUCAGAAAAUGUGGUCUUUUGUAAAAAAAAAAAAAAGAAAGAAAAAUGAAAAAGUAACAACUUACAAUAUAUGUACCAUGAGAUUAGCACCUGUAAGAAAAUGAGGUGGCCAAGACAAGCCGGACCACACACAUAAUAAAUAAAUAAUAAUAAAUAGCUCUGUUUCAGUGUAACAUAUAGCACAUUGCAGAGGCUGAGGACCUGGACUGGAUUGCACCAACUAUGCGCAAGUUUGUUCCCAGGUUAGGGUAUAAAGUAGUGGCUCCACAACUGCUAGUUAAUUUGCAAUUAGCAAGUUAAUGAAUUUGAUUAUGCCAUGGGUAGUAAGGAGGUAAUUAUAAAGGUGUAGCUCAUCAUAAAAUUAUCAGAUGAAUAGCAAAUGAGUAUCUUGCUGAUGGGUACAAACAACAUGAAUUUGUAGCUGAACAGAUUGGCAUACGAUUGGUAAAUACAAUUCAUAUUUGACUCUUAAAGGACAUCAAGAGUUUUUCCCAUGUUUUAGUCCAUUCUCUACAAAUCUUGUAUACUUUGUAUCAGAGACCAUUGUGUUUGGGGAACUUCUAAAGUAUUUUUUGCACCUCUCAGGCAGCCAUUGUUUUUACAUGAGUUGAGAUUUGAAACAUUUUCAUCAAAAUGAGGACAGUAUUUGAUGGUAUUUUAUUGUUUUUGAUUUACAUUUUCAUCACACGCUAAUGUAGCUGUAGUGCAGAUUCAAAACCUGCACUACAUUAUACAAUAAAGUUGCCUAAAUUAAACACAGACAUGGAGGAUUACAUCAAGCAAGUCUCAGCACGUUGAUUUUAAUAUUGAAUGGAACCGAACUGGAACCAGACUGCCUGAAUAAAGACACAUUGGAAGACAUAAACACUCAAUUGGAGAAUAGUGUAUAAUUUGUAGAAAAUGGGUGUAAACAUCCAAAUCCCAUCCAAUCCUUUAAGUUACAAAACAUAAUGAAAAUAGUAAAGAAAAAAAAAAAGCUGUGUGCAAAAAAAAGAAAAAAAAAAGAAAAAAGUCCUGCUUUACUGUUAGUGAGUGCAAUUGUGUGACUUUGUAUCAUUUGCACCUGCUUUAUUGCUUGCUUAACUAUUUAGUUGUUACUUACGGUUACGUAACAGAUUCUUGUGGUGCUACUGCUUGUGUUCUAGCAAUGCGUAAAUCGGGUUUAGUGGCUACUUCGGAACUAGGGAACCUACGUGCAGCUGAUGCAACCGGCCCCUGAACUUGUCUCUUCUCCUGGAAUACGGCGCAGGUCAAUGGGGUCUUAAUCCCACUGUGUAUCAGCACACCCAGUCUGACACACACAUUAUUGUACACAAACACUGACUCUCUCUGCCUCUUACUCACACAUACACACAAGCAAACACACACCCUCUAUCUUGCUCUCAUACAUACAGACACACAGUACAUGCAAACACACAGAAAUAUACUUAAAGAAUUUGCAUUCCUUUUUAAGGAAACGUUAAGACUGAAGGCCAGUGCCAUCCUUGAUAUGGGAGUGUAUUAUAUGGUUGGGACGCAGGAACGUUGCUUGUUGCUUCAUUUCUGUUCUAGCCUGAUCCCUCUACUUUUGUCUUUGAAUGUUAAGUAGUUGUUCUUCAAGCCCUGCACCACUGCCUCAACUGCUUCAGUGCUUGUAGGAUUUGCUUGCCCGCUGCCUGUUUCCUCCCUCUACUCCUGUUUCUUCAAAUCAACAUGGUUGGACAACAUCUUUCAAGUCACUCUCCUUAAAUGAACUGUGACGUUGUAACACAAUAACAUUUGUGUAUUUGCAUAUUAACACACAGAAUGCAUACACAUAAACACAUGGACAUAUAUUACACAGACACAGACACACACACACACACAUCUUUUAGGUUAAGUUUCAGCUUCAGCUGAGCAUAGGCGCUGCAGCCAGUGACUUCUCCCUGUUGGCACCUUUGUCAUCUCUCGCAUUGGUUCUACAUGUUGCAUCAUAGGGACAUCUGACAUGUUGGCAAAAACUUGUUUAAGAUGUGAAUUGAUUAUGUUGUAGCGGAUAAAGAAAAGUCAGAAAAUAGCAGUCACUGUAGUGUGUUGUGUAGAUAAAGAAACUACUGCAGAGUUAACUGGGCAAGUCAUUCCUCUUUUGCAUUUUCCUCUUUUGGUAUUCCUGUUAGCGCCAGCUGAUCCGCUGGGGUCGACCAGCACUGCUUACAUUACAAACUCAGUGAAGUGCAGUUCAGCAGCAGUGCAAAGAGGUCGGUGGAUAACUGGUGGGGGGGGGGGGGGGGGGGGGGGGCAUUACAUACAGUAUAAUACUGCUGUGAAAAUUUCAAAAAUUACAGUGACCCAACUGUGAACUGAACAGUUUUAUUUUACAUUGUAAAACCCAGGACUUGCAUGGCAGAGAAGAGCCGCAAAUAAUGGAACAGCAUCAAUAUGAUGAAAAGUGUCAUAAAAUCUCACAUCAGUGUUCCUUUUUCUAGACCAUCUUCUUACCAUUCAUAGUAGGGGUACAUAGGUGCUACUAUCAGGCUCAGUCCCUCCCGUGCUCACGUUUCCUUCCUCCCCUGUCCCAUCCUUCAGGUGUACUUCCGUGCUGUCAGAUCACCAAGUGGCUGUUUGCAUGUUAUAAGCAAAGGAAACAGAUACUAUAUAGAUACUAUAUAUACAUAGAUAUGUUUUUCCACUGGGAGAUGCGUAUUAGAAUACAUAUACCUCUGAUACACAUUCUCGAAGAUAAUACACACAUUUAAAGACCCACACUCAUCCACACACACACACACACACAUACAUACAUUUACGCUAUUGCGAACAGUAACUUGUGGAAAAACCUAAAAGAAACACAUUUUUUUAUCCUGUUGAAAUGAAUUUAAUCUUCUAGAUAUACAUAAUGCUAUUGUGUUAUGCUAUGAAAUGCUCUUUUUUUGUUUUUACCCUUACGAUUUUCAUAGAUAAGAAACUCAACCCUUAAAGUUGUGCUAAGCUUUGAAAUGAUGAUCAAACAAACCAACACUAUUGUGAAAUCAAAUCAUUUACUCACCCUCCAUAUCUAUCCCCAGCCCAGUAGAGAAAAAAAGAAAAAAGAAGGAAAAAAAAAAUCAAAAAACAUAAAAACUGUGAAAAAAAAAAAAGUUGAUGUAUUCUCUGCUUGUGUAUAGUGAAUGUUCCUCAGUCACUGGGUGUGGCAGUGAGUGGCACAGACCAGUGGACUGUGACAGUGCAGAUCUGUUCAUAACUUUUUUUGUACACCUGCUUCAUCAUUGUAAAGGUGAUAAUAGUGAUUCUUAUGAUUUCAUCAAUCUGGUAAUGUGUUUUGUUAAUAAGUCACAAAUAAAGUUUUUCUUAAAUAUCUUAA